AUGGCUGAGUUAACGAUUUUGCUCAAUACAGAAAUUCCGGAAGGAAGAAGCAAUUUAGCUGAUAGUCAUACUAAUUUAGAACGCGUGGCUGAAUAUUGCGAAGGAAAUUAUUUUCAAUCGGAAAAUAAAAGAGCUGCACUUGAAGAGACAAAAAAUUAUACGACUCAGUCACUGGCAAGUGUUGCUUAUCAGAUAAAUACUUUGGCUUAUAAUUUUUUACAACUGUUAGAUUUACAAACUGCACAACUGGAUGAAAUGGAAAGUCAAAUGAAUCAUAUAGCUCAGACUGUGAUGAUACAUAAAGAAAAAGUUGCUAGAAGAGAAAUUGGUAUAUUAACUGCUACUAAAACUACAUCAAGGCAAUACAAGAUAAUUGCUCCAGCCAACCCUGAAAAGCCUAUCAAAUACAAUCGCAAACCCAUUGAUUAUAAUGUAUUAGACGAUAUUGGUCAUGGUGUAAGAUUUGCUUCUGGUUUGAAUACCACCAGAACUAAGCAAAGGGGACCGAGUCAAAGCAGUAUACAAUCAGUCGGAACUAUAAGUCAGGGUUCUGCAGUUCAGUUGGGUCCCGCACCAACCACGAAACCUCCUACACCUCCACAAGCAAUGAGAACAGGGGUUAAUACUUUAAGUAAAAGUUCAAGAGAAUACAGAACACCUCCUGCCGUUGCUCCACCUCAGGUUCCGAGUCAUUAUGCUCCAAAUUAUCCAUUGGGACAUCCCAGAAGAGAAAGGGGUCCAGGUUAUUCUACACUUCCCAUGUCCAUCGGUGCAUCUCACACUUUACCUCAUGCUCAUCAUCAACCUCCUCAAGCAAUGGUUUAUCCUAUGAAUCAUUCUCUCGGAGAUCAUCAUUCGUCAAUGCCAGCUCCUCCAUCUCCAUUAUCUCUGACCGAUGGUCCAACUCAUCAUUCUCAUCACACACUUCCAAAUCAAAGAAACAGUCAUCAACAACAUCGACCUGGUAACGUGUCGCCUCCACUUCCGCCACCACCUCCUCCCGAAGAAGAACAUGCUCAUUUCGGUCAACCGACGGCGGGUCGUGGAAUGGCCAUUGUUCCAGAUGAUCACCAUUUACCCGGUUGGGUACCCAAGAAUUACAUAGAAAAAGUGGUCGCCAUUUACGAUUAUUAUGCCGAUAAAGAAGACGAACUGAGUUUUCAAGAAAGUUCUGUUAUAUAUGUUUUAAAGAAAAAUGACGACGGAUGGUGGGAAGGGGUUAUGGACGGCAUUACGGGAUUAUUUCCAGGGAAUUAUGUCGAACCUUGUGUAUAA